AUGGACCCGACUCCCGUGGUGCCCCUUGUCCUGAUGUCGAGCUUCCUCUGGAUGCUGGUCCUGGGCUUCAUCAUCGCCUUCAUCCUGGCUUUCUCUGUUGGUGCCAAUGAUGUGGCCAACUCCUUUGGCACCGCGGUGGGCUCUGGGGUGGUUACCCUCCGACAAGCCUGCAUCUUGGCCAGCAUCUUUGAGACAGUGGGCUCUGUCCUCCUGGGAGCCAAAGUCAGCGAGACCAUCCGGAAGGGAUUGAUUGACGUGAAGAUGUACAGCUCCACGCAGCAGCUGCUGAUGGCGGGUUCGAUCAGUGCCAUGUUUGGAUCUGCUGUGUGGCAGCUAGUGGCUUCCUUCUUGAAGCUCCCCAUUUCUGGUACCCACUGCAUCGUUGGGGCAACCAUUGGCUUUUCGCUGGUGGCCAAAGGGCAAGAAGGUGUCAAGUGGUCCGAGCUGCUAAAGAUCGUGUUGUCCUGGUUCAUCUCACCCCUCCUUUCGGGCAUCAUGUCUGCUAUCCUGUUCUUCCUUGUCCGGAGGUUCAUCCUCCGUAAGGCAGAUCCUGUUCCCAAUGGCUUGCGAGCGCUGCCCGUCUUCUAUGCCUGUACCGUGGGGAUCAACCUCUUCUCCAUCAUGUACACAGGCGCACCGUUGCUGGGCUUUGACAAACUUCCUCUGUGGGGUAUCCUGCUAAUUUCGGCGGGGAGUGCUGUUGUCUGUGCUCUCGUUGUCUGGUUCUUUGUGUGUCCGAGAAUGAAGAAGAAAAUCCAACGUAAGUAA